AUGGACAGAAAAAAACCUAAAGUACCUCCAUCUUCCUAUUUAAUUUUUUGUAAUUAUGAAAGAGAUAAUGUUAAAAACAUUUUAUUAGAAAAAUCUAAUAAAGCAACAAUAAAAAUAACUGAUAUUCAAAAAGAAUUAAGUAAUAAAUGGAAAUCUUUGUCUGAAGAGGAAAGAAAUAAAUAUGAAGAACAAGCUCAAAUUUUAAAAUCAAAAUAUAAUGAAGAAUUGUUGGAAUGGCAAAAUCUUCAAAAAAAUGACAUGUCUGGUGUUACGAAUAUGCAAAACUUUACUAAAUUUCCUAUUAUGAAAAUUCAGAAAAUUAUGCAUUUGAAUAAUAAUGUCAAAAAGAUUAAUAAUGAAGCUAUUAAUAUUUUUCAAAAAGCAGUGAUUAUGUUUUUAAUUGAGUUAGUUAACAAAACUAUUGAAUAUAAGAAUGAAAAAAAUUCCUCCCGAUAUAUAACAACCCUUGAUAUAAUUUCGUGCAUAAAAAGGGAAGGAAUAAAAUAUAAAUUUCUUGAAGAUUGUUUGUAUUUAUUAAAAGAUGAAGGUAUUAACACAUUUUUUCUUGAAGAUGAUGAAAAUGAAGAAUCAUUAUUUGAUUUAUGUGAAGAAGAUAAAAAGGAAUAUGAUUAUGAUAUAGAAGAAAAGAAAUUAAGUAAAUUGAAGAAAAAAGAAAAUAAAGCAAAAGAUAAAAAUGGGAAAAAAAAUGUUUAUGCGGAUAUUACAACUUUUUUUAAAAAAAUUUAG